GACACUGAGAAUUUUAGGGAAGCAGCUGGAAAUUCUAUCCAAAAAUGUUUCCUUUUAUGAUUCUGUUUUUUGCUAUCUGUUAUUCUUCAUUUACUCAGAACACAGAUGAGUACGAUGAUCUCUUCUUCCUGAAUUUUGAUAAUGAAAUAGAAAGUGUAAUUCCUGCAACAGAAGAAACCAUUUCAUGUGAUUGUCAGCGAGAACACACAGAAUGGGACAAGCUCUUCAUUAUGCUUGAGAAUUCCCAGAUGAAGAAAAACAUGCUGCUUGAGUCUCUGGAUGAAAUCCUUAAGGUGGAGCUGCAGAUGCUGAGAACAGAAAUGCUGCAGUUUGUGGAAAACUUUGCUGGCACGUGCACCACAUAUCUUGAGAAAACAACCACUCAGAUCUGGAGCCAAAUGGACCAGAUGAUAACAAAGAGCAGAGCUUCUGGGAUGCUUCAUGAGAUCAAGCAAGAAAAGAUUCUCCAAGAGAUUCUGCAAUUAAACCAAAAUCUUUCCAACCGACUCAGCCAGCUCGAGCGUGCCUGGCAGUGGAGAGCUGAAGAGAGUGAUCAGCGGAGCCAUUCAUCAGAGGAAGGUAGAGUCAGCUACAUAACGCAUGGAAGCAAUUUCAUGUUGAAGUCACUGUGGCAAGAGCUGCAGGAAACAAAAGCUGAACUAAAAAAAUCUCAGAAGAAGACCAUGAAGCCUUCAUUGCCAGCUGGUUGUGAAACAGUUAUUUUAUUCCCAAUGCGUUCUAAAAAGAUCUUCGUGAGUGUUCAUCCAACUGGUGAGAUGGCACUCUUCUCCUUCACUGUCUGCAUAUGGGUUAAGGUAACUGAAGCAUUGGACAAAACUAUUGUAUUCUCAUAUGGAACAAAGAACAAUCCCUAUGAAAUUCAGCUUUAUCUGAACUAUGACUCUGUGGUUCUUGCUGUAAAAAGUAAUUUCAACAAGAUAUUUGCCCCAAAGGUAAUUUCUUCCGGAGAGUGGACUCACAUCUGCAGUACUUGGGGUUCAGUCAAUGGAACCAUAUCUUUAUGGAUAAAUGGAAAGGUUGUGGUCACCUCUUCUGAAAUAUCUGAAGACCACAUCAUCCCAGAUGGUGGAAUUUUGCAGAUUGGCCAGGAAAAGAAUGGCUGCUGUGUUGGAGGUGGUUUCAAUGAAUCUUUAGCUUUUUCUGGAAAAAUAACUGGCUUUAAUAUUUGGGACCGAAUCCUCAGUGACAAAGAGAUAAUAAGACAAUCUGAAGAAGAUGCCUGUAAUAAUCGUGGCAACAUUGUGGGCUGGGGAGUUACAGAGAUUCUGCCUCAUGGAGGGGCUCAGUAUAUUUUUAGUCCCUGAAUGUAUGUUCUUCAAAACUCUAUAUAAAAUCAAACCAAUAAACAGAACUUAUAAAAUCUGAAUAUAUAUACACAUAUAUUUAGAAUUGAUCCAUGAUACAGUUUCCAAAGGAAAAACAGAGGUAUAAAGAACACUCAGAAGCCAGUUAUCUCUGCUUCACACAAGAAACUCUGAAUGAGGCUUCAUAUGGCAAGAAACCUUUGGAUGACUGCCAUGGCUACUACCAUAAGCCAAUAUCUCUGCUCUCCAGAUUCCAUAAAAAAGAACAGUGCUGCCAUAAGUGGGAGAUAGCUCUCCACAAAUGGGUAUAGCUGCUUUCAGAACAAGUAUAUGCUAAGCCAGUAAGAUGAAUUUUAUCCACAUGAAAUCUCAUUCGUAGAGAAAUCAUGUAUGUAGGGCAUAAAUUAAAAUUGCUACCAUAUGAAAGCUAAAAUAUAGGCUCUUAAACAUAUCUUGUUAAGAGUCAGCAUGUAAACAUGCUGGUCUAGACUGCUAUAUAGAUCCAACAUUUUCUAAGUACAUAUCUUAAUCAUACCCCAAAACUAUUUUUGAACAUACUCUGAAUUACAUGAUUAGCACCUGUCAUAGUGAGAAGGUUCAAUAGCUAUAAUGACUUUGAAAAUGUUGCUAACGGGAAGUUCUAGUUGGAUUAUCCUUGUUGAUCAAAUCUAAGGAGAGAUGUGGAGCUAUAAGUAAUCCAUAAUGGAGUCGAAGGGAGUGGGGUUCUGCAGAUCUAAGGAAAGUUAGAAAAUGUCAAAAUGAAAUCUAGAAGAAAGCAGUAAUAAAUCAUUUCUGGAUUGUUGCCAAGAAAAUUAUAGGAAUAUGGCUCAAAUUGUUUAGGCAAUUUUGGUUGCUAGACAAUAAGAUUAGAGGGGGAAACCUAACUAUUGGAAAGAAAGGUGAAUUUUCAUUAGUAAAUCUAUAGAUGAGGAUAUGGCGAAACCAACGUGACAAAGAAGUCUGGUCAUUGUUGAAGUCAGAACUGAAAAAUAAGUUUUUCUUUUACAAAGACAAAUAAAACAAUGUAAUAAGUAUGGAUCAAACAAAACUUGAAACUAUUAAAAUGCAACUGGAAUUGAAGCAUCUAAAUUAGAUAUUUUCUGAAUCAAUGAACAUUGGUAGACUGCAAUAGAUCACCUGAGUUCAGAUGAUAAUGUGAUAUAUUAUUCAGAGCAUAAAUUCAUACAAAGUGAUGGAAAAAUGAUGACACCCCAAAAGAAUAUCACUAAGUUUGUACUGGCUAUAACCAAUAAACAAUAGGUUCAUGUUUAUUAGAAUUAGCAUAUAUUCAUUGAAAGAACAUCAUUGUUAUACAAAUGUAUGCUGCUAUUUGAAACAUAACAGUAGAUAUUAAGGAAAUCUAUAGUAAUGUGCAAGAGGUGCUAAAUGUAACAGCAAAAAAGACUGCAGUAUGUCUGGUGCAUAGUUUGUUAAAUACAAUGAUACAAUAAAUAGUUUAAUAUAGUUUUUGCAAAGAUAAUUCUUUGUUCAUUGCCAAUACCUGCUUCAAAUAAUAUAUGGACAUCACUAGAUUGACAACAUCAUGAUAAAAUUUGUUAUAAUAUAGGAAAAAGAAUUGCAAUCCAAUUAGUCAGAUCCCUUCCAAGUGUAUAUUAUAGAACACACUAUGUCAAAUUCAUAGUGUCAAAUCCAUGGGAUAAACAUAAAAGUUUUUUUUAGUAAAGGUGUGCCAGCAAGAUUAGAGACAUAUAGUCAGAAUAUAAAAUCAAAACAGGGAACAAAUCAAUAUGCUUAACUUUUGCAAUAGAAUAUCUGAAGAAUUAUGGAACUAGAUAAGAGACACUGUGAAAACUGAACUGGAACAAACUCUUCCCCAAAUUUCAAGGCAGGAAAGUUUGAGUGGCUUUCAGAACAAACUACCAUGAUAGCUAGGGAGAGGUGAAUGAUGAAA